AUGGUUUCUCAUGAGAAUUCAGAAGAUGUGGCUUUAGGAUCUUUGCCAAAUGCCAAGAGGAAAAGAGAGAAUGUUGAAGUGAAACAGAGGAAUGAUAAAAAUGUGGAAACUUGUGAAUUUCCUAAAGAAGAUGAUAAGAAUUUGCGCGGUAAGCAAGCGGCUGGCAAAACGAAGGCCGACGCCAACAGUGCGGAGCCUUCUAAAGAGAAUUAUAUUCUUGUGAGAGCUAAAAGGGGCCAGGCCACAAACAGUCACAGCCUUGCAGAGAGG